AUGCAUCCUCUCUCCAAUGCACUUGAUUUAGAAUUGCUCGCCGCAUUUCUCUGUCUCACAAUGAAGGCCUGUCCGAGUGUCCUAACUGCCCUCGAGAGGCUCGACGCGUCGCCGGACAAGACGUCGCAGCUUCGCAUUGUCUUCCCAGGCAACACAGCUAUAUCCAGCGUUGGAAUCAAGCUUUCCAAGCUCGCAACCAAAGAUGCCCCGACAAUUUCCGUCUCUACUUCGCUGGUGAAGCCUCAUGACGGCGACAAGUACAUUGCCAUGUGCAUUGAUCUAGAUGCUCCCUUCGUGUCAUUCUCCUUCCUUGGCCCCAUCACGCACUGGCUCCAGACAGAUCUGGUGGCAGCGAAAGACAGCUCAGGGGACGGCUUUACGACGCUCGCAACCGAGACCCGAUCCAUCUUUCCCUACGCUGGGCCCGGGCCGCCGCCACCGUCGGCACCUCAUCGCUAUGUCUUUAUGCUUUGGGAGCAGCCCGCGUCUGUCGCGAGCGCCGACGAGGUCGCUCAAGCAUUAUCGGUGCCCGCUGAGCCAGGCCUCACAGCCCGCGUCCGCUGGGACCAGCCGUGGUUUGAGCAGAAGAUGGGCCUCGGCGAACCGUUGGCAGUCAAUUACUUUGUCGCCAACUCGGAAUAG